AUGGAAGAAACACGACCAGAACUCCCGCGCAGUCGUGCCUCGUUUAACCCCGAAGCAGCCACCUUCAAGGUUGAGCGUCCCGGGAAUGUACGAAGGUGGUUAUCUUCCAUCGCGGGGUUCAAGCCAUCAGCCAGUGACUUGAAUAUAGAAGAUUCUCCCUUUCGGCCUUCCCGAGAGAUGCGCCCUGACUACCAGGAGUAUAGUGGACCGAGUGUCCCGCAACUUGCACGCACUCAGUCGGACCAGCUGGAUAUGUCAUUUGCCGAUUUUCAUGAUAUGCUGCAUGCCCUAGGUCAAGCUGGAAACCAAGCAGCACAGAACCCCGGUACUCCGACGGAAUCCAUCCACAUUGCAACGCCCUAUCAGUCACGAUGGGUUUGGCCUGCACAACGCUAUGAGCCCAGCUUCAGUGCCCCGGAAGUCGAAGAGCUUAGCACCAGUCUUGGACUCCCCGGCAUAGUGGGGAAGGUAAAGGCGCGCGCCGACGACUCAACGACACGCCCCAGCAAUCUCCCCAACUUCAAAAGUCCUGCUAGCACUAAUCUUCAUGGUAAGCUCAUGGGUCGAGCUCUCGGUAAGCCGUUUACUGCUAACGCUCUAGCCCGCUUUCUUAACGCGCAGGGUGUCUCAGAUCAUACAGCUAUAGGACCUCAGAAUCUUCAUGGCUAUGACUUUGGCAUACAACAAGAGCGGGAGGUUGGAGAAUAUCCGCCUACCAGAACUGUACAGCCACCUCCCGGAUUUGCUGGAGAGCAUCCCCGUGAGAUUGUUGAAGAAGAUUGGCCUACCAGAACUGUACAACCACCUACUGGAUUUAUCGGAGAAAGUUCCCGCGAGAUCUUUGCUGAAAAGCGCGGCACCAACUUUGCGGAUAUCUUGGAGCCGCAACUCGUGACUGCAGGACCUUCAGCGUUUAGACGCCCCCGCCGAUUCAGCGACCUCCAGUCCGCCGUCCAAGCUCUGCAACAGAGGAGCCAUGCAAACCGCCUGCCACCUAAGAGAGCCACUCGCCCCCGAGCAGCCACCCGCACCAAGCGUUCCGACCAAGGUCCCGAGCCUUCCUCCGCAGAUAUCUACCCAGACGAUGCACCCUACCCAUCUAUCCGCCGCCCAUCCUACGUGCCAGACCCUGCUCUCGUAUUCCACGACUACACCUCGCACGACCGCGGCUUCAAGCCCCAAGACACUACAUCCUGGCCCACCCCCGCAGAAGUCUACUCCGAGAAACCCGUCCAAGGUCCCACUCACCCCAGUUCCUCCACCAAAGAAGACAUUGAACCGGAAUUCGAUCUCUUCAAAGAUCACUACUAUCCUACUGAUGCCGAUAUCCAUGACCCUGACGCAGACAUCGAUGCUUUGCUCAAGGCUACCCCGCAUCUUUUCGAUCUCGACGUGCCGGAGCUGGAGUGUGAUCCGCGUCCGUUGAUGCCGGGCCAGAUUGACGGAUCACGGUAUGGGAUGCGGUUUCAUGGUAUCGGGCUGGGGGAUAGGUGGAUGGGUCCGGAUUUGAGUGGUGAUCCGAACAUCCAGGUUCGCUGGUGA